CUGUUACGUAUUUCUUCCAGCCAAUGAGGCGUCUUCUCUACAACGUGUGCGCGGAAUUCGAGAUCCUAUUGGACAAGGGCUUCUGCAGCUGACGCCUCUGUCAGGAAGUGUGGAUCGCUUUAAAGUGACGGUGGCCAACUUCCAAGCUGCAGCUUCAUGUGUCCCCGCAGCAGAUCCGGGAGAUGAAAGCUGUCCUGCGCUUGGCAGCAGUGGCAGUCCCGAUGGGUGUCCUGCUGUCCCGCACCAUGGCGUGGAUGUCCAGCGGAAAAACGCACCCAGAGCUCGUCGGCAGACUGAGAGAUCAUGGAGUCAUCCGGAGCGACAGAGUAUUCGAUGCCAUGCUGGCCACUGAUAGAGGACUUUACUCCAGAGACUACCCUUACGCGGACUCUCCACAGACCAUAGGCUACAGGGCAACCAUCAGUGCUCCACACAUGCAUGCACAUGCUUUGGAGCUGCUGAGCGACAAAUUAGUUGAAGGGGCGUCUGCGCUGGAUGUAGGCUCAGGAAGUGGCUAUCUCACCGCCUGUUUUGCGAGAAUGACAGGACCCGAUGGUAGAGUGGUUGGCAUCGAACACAUCGAUGAACUUGUUCAGAUGUCUAUAAAAAAUGUGCAAGGUGACGACCCAGAACUUCUGUCGUCCGGACGCAUUCGGUUUGUUGUUGGGGAUGGACGACAUGGAUAUCCAGAUGGAGCGCCGUAUGACGCCAUUCAUGUUGGUGCAGCUGCCGCUACUGUCCCCAAGACCCUUUUGGAGCAACUGAAGCCAGGCGGGCGGUUGGUUCUUCCGGUGGGACCUGAAGGAGGCAGUCAGGUGCUGGAACAAUACGAUCGGCAAAGUGAUGGCACCUUCCUGAAGAGGGCGUUGAUGGGAGUGGUUUAUGUCCCCUUGACUGACAAGAGACAUCAGUGGCCCGGAGAUGAACUCUGAUUGCAGUGUGGUUGCUCCUGCAGGAGGUGGCGAUGGUGCUGCAUGUCUGGGAUCCCUUAGUUCUCCUCACCAUGUUGCUGCCCUCCUGUCCUUAUUACCUUCUGCUCCACUGAGUUAGCACCUCGCCAUAUAUAAGGGGGAUCACGCUCUCUCUGCGUGAACAGAUUGUCUCAAACAAUAAGUGACUGAAUAACAGACCACUGUUGUACUGAUUAACCUCUUUACAAUAGAAAGAGGUUAAUCGGAGGUUCUUGGAUGAAGCUAACCAAUGACAUGAAUGAAACGAAAAAUCUAGAAAAGAAACAAAUACAGAGCAUAAGCCAUUAUACUGUAAUUAAAACAUUUUGCAUAUUAAAAUCUAUAUUUUGCAGAAAGGCUUCUCACUUUUUUUAUAGAAUAUGUCAUGUUCAAGAAAAGAUCGAGGUGCCAAAAAUCAUUUAUAACAUGCCUGUGCAAAUUCUCAGUCAUUUAUAAACAAAAGAAAUAUUGUAAUUAUGUAAGUUAUAAAUAAACCCCAAUUAAAUCUA